AUGGCAAUCAAAAUGCACUUGCACAUACUGGUUUCUCUCUUGGCUCUCUCCUUUGGCACCAAACUUUCAACUUCAGACGAAGCAGCGAUGCCUGAGUUCACUUUCAGUUGGAUGGAUGACAAAGACACUUUCCGAGCCGGCGACACUGCAACCAUAAGGAUCAGAGCACUGAACAACUUUGACAAGCUUGACAAGAAUGCGUUCAAGCCUACUCUCACAGUAAAUGGGAAGCCUGGGAAUAGCUCGUUUGUAUCUGGGGUUUUGUCAGAUUUUGAAGAAGACCCUACUAGUUGGAAACUUUUCUUCACUACGAUAACUGCCGGAUUGUUCAACGUUAUGAUCAACGAGGAUCGCUACAAAGUGUUUGAUUCUUCUCUGCAUUUCCAAGUUCACCCAGGGAAAAUGUACCCAUCUGGCUGUGUUGUUUCUUGGAUGGGUUCAGGUCAUGAAUUUGAAGCAGGGACUAAAGCUAGAGUGCUGAUACUUCCCAAGGACGCAUUUGGCAAUAAUAUUAAUAUCUCUGAAUCCACUGAAGAUCCAAAGUUACAUAAUUUUACAGUGUCUGCAUUCUACGCAAACGAGUCCAUAGCAAGCCUGCCAGAAAUCACCCAUUUGGGUUGGAAUGAAAUUGGUUAUAUCAUCGUUGAAUUCCUUGUGGUGAAAGCUGGAGACCUCUUUUUGUAUGUGGGAGGUGGUAAUGAGACCUUGAAUGGCUCUCCACUACCAUUUAAGGUGAACCCAGGACCACUAGAAGUUUCCAAUUCUGUGGCCAAGUGGGAUUUUGAACCAAAUGCAUGGCAAUUAUAUUCCAAGAUGGAAGUCCUUAUACAUCAGCAAGAUCGAUAUGGGAACCUUGUUCCGGGUCUGUAUGCAUUUGACGCUGAAGUUGUUGAGAUAAAGACAAACUUGUCUAUACCUGUUGCAGAUUUGCACUUCGAAGAAGUGGUGGCUGGAAUUCAAUUGUUUUCCUUUAGUAAUCUGGAACCGGGAAACUUCUUGCUCACUAUAUCUGAUAUGAAGCAUGACAAAAGUAUCUCUAAUAUGCCAUAUGCUUAUACUGUCUUUGUUGGUUAUUGCAAUGGGACAAACAGUGUUGUUAAUGGAUCUGGUUUAAAUAGUUCUACUGCUGGAGAACGAGCAGAGUUUUCAGUUUACUUGAAUGAUGCUUAUCAGUAUCCUUCUCCUGCUGAAAUAGAAAGGCUUGAAGUACAAAUUGUAAGGGAAAUUGACUCCUACCGAGUGCAGUCGAGCAUAUUUCCUAUGCAGAUCAUGAAUGGGACUGGACCUGCUCGAGGGAUAAGAUAUGGUGCAACCAGCCAGAUAGAAAUCACUCCUUCACCAUCUAUGGACUCAGCAAAUUCUUCUGUUGGGAGCUUCAACACUCUGGCAACUGCUUUCAAUGUGGUUUAUACACCUGACAAGAGUGGGAUUUAUAGAAUCUAUGUACUUUGUGGAAAUAUUCUACUGAAUGAUGGUCAACCAUUUACAAUGGAAGUAAGAGGAGGAGAGGUUAAUACAUCACUCUCACAAGUUGUCAAAUUUUCUCCCAAGGUGCCAAAAAUGAUUAAUAAUGACGUAGUAGUGCAGCUCGUGGAUUCAUUUUUUAACCCUGUCUUGUCUCAACAAUCCAGGCUGAAACUAGACAUUGUUUCAGUUAACAGUUCUGGGUUUUCAAGUUCCGUGUUUGUGGAUAAUAGUAAUGGCUCAUACACGGUUCACUAUCUGGCUGAGGAUGUUGGAAGCUGUGAGAUGUGUGCUUCAUUUGAAGGCAAACAAGUCUCUCCCUGUCCCUUUGGGGUCAAUGUCUACAGCAGUGAGUAUUUUCCCAGAGCCUACAUUGAUACAAUAUCUGUAUGGGAGGAUGAGUCAAUUGCUUUUGAUGUUUUAGCAAAUGACUACUUUGCUGGAAAGAAUGCAAGUGUUGUUGAAUUCUCAAAGCCAGGUCAUGGUUCCCUUCUCGAGUAUGGAAGGCUCCUCCGGUAUACACCUCAAAAAGACUAUUAUGGGAAUGAUUCAUUUGUGUACACAAUGUCUGAUAUAAAUGGGAAUCUUGCUACUGCUGCUGUAAACAUAUCUGUUCUCACUAUCCCACCCCAAUUUGUUUCAUUUCCAACUGAACUGCAAGCAACUGAAGAUGAGAUUAGUCCCAGAUUUGGUGGUUUCCCAGGGUUUGAGAUAAGAUACUCAGACAUGAUGGAGAGCAUCUCUGUUAAUCUCAGCGCACAAUCUGGGACGGUCUUUCUGGCUCCCAUGCUAAUGCAAUUCUGGGAGCCAGUUUGGACAGAACUUUCUGUAUACACAGAGGAUGGAGAAGUGAAGGGUUUGAUUUUAGAAGGCAACGUGGAAGUAAUCAAUUUUGCCCUUCAGUCAAUUCAGUACUACGGAAAUGAGAACUUUUGUGGCUAUGAUACAGUUCGAGUCUCUACAAGGAACAGGAAUGGAGUUAAUGUACUGGAUGUUCCAGUUUUGGUGGAACCUAUUAACGAUCCUCCAUUUAUUCAUGCCCCUACAUAUAUUAUUUUGAAAAAUAAUGAAGAUGAGUCACUGAUAUAUGACAGAGAAAAAGACAAGUUUGAGUUCUGCAUUGGAGAUCCAGAUCUUCUUGCCUUCCAUGGUAAUGAGUCCCUCUUCGCCGUCACAUUUUCUGUGGAAGUUAAUGAUGGAUUUUUGGUAACGAGCCUACCGGCUGGGCUCAUCACUACAACUGAACUGAAGCUCAAGAACAGUUACCAGUGGCUACCUCUUCAAACAUAUGUCAGCAUCUCAAAACAUUUCAAGGUCAAAGCUAAGGGAGUUAGAUUUCAUGGAACAGUAAAUGACUGCAACAGUGUAAUGCAACAGCUCUUUUAUCAUGGAGGAGAACAGGAUGCCAUCUUGACAGUGACAUUGAAUGACAUGGGAAACUAUGGAUGCUAUUUUAAUUGUGCUGAAAAGAUAUCAGUGCCUUUGCAGGCUGAGGCUUCUGUUAAUCUAAUAAGACGAAGGCCAAUGAGUUCACUUGUGGCUCACGGGUUGGGAUCUGCUAUUGUCCUUGAAGCCAUUAUAGUGUUUUCACUAGGAUCAGCAGUACUAUUUUUCACCUGCAAAUGUGCAACACGCCUUGUAAAUGAAAGAAGAAACAAAGCUACCAGGGGGCCUGAACCAGAAAGCACAAAUAGUUUGCGCAAAGGGACUCCAAAGACAAACGUAUCAGAGCAUGCAACUCACCUCACUGGGAGUUGUUCAAGCCCUUUGCUUGGCAGCCAACGUCCCAACUUUCGCCAACGGCCGUCCUGCCCUCAAUCUGGAGAUGAGGGAUCUUCCAAGGCAGCAUAUCAGAGGUUCCGUUCUACUAGUGGACGCAGUCAGCACACUCCUGCGCCUAUCUUUGUGCCCCUUGCUAUUGAAAAGAAACAAAGUGAAACAAGAUGUGGGUUAUGUCAGUUGGCCAAGGCAUUGUGCCCCACCUCUUGCACCAAGUUCGAUCCCCCUCCCCGUUCGUCUGUACAUUAG